UGUAGAACCGACACAGUGCAUUCUGUAUAUUUUUAUUGACAGUGACACAUUUUCUGUCAUUUGGGCUCUAUACUCCAGUCAUUGUUGUCUAAAGCAGUCUCUAAGAUGUGUAGAGGAGGACUUCUCCCUUUUGCUAGGGGGGGGAGGAAGAAAUUCCCAGAGGACACAUGGCAUCUGUUGUGGGUUUCUUCCAUAGAGACCAGCAUCACGAGGCAGUGCGUAGGUAGACCUGGUUUGUUGUUAGGUGAACCACGUAAUGAUGUCUGAUGCACAUCAACACAUUGUCUGAAUUAUUGUCCAAUACGUUUUAACGCUCAGGCAGAAGGGAAACCAAAAUUAAGAGCAGUAGCCAUACUCACUUUGAGAAAAUGUUUUAGUUGAGGACAAAAGACUGCAGAAUGGAUAAAACAGGUGAUGUAAGUAUUAGGAGUAAUGAAUGGCAGAGACUGCUCAGGUGGCAUCGGAGGCAGAAAGUGAAGGACGAAGGAGAAGAUGGCGUCAACAAGGACGAAGGGAAACGUAGCAGCAAUCUGGGUCAGAAGUUGAAAGUUAAUUGGAAAGAAUGGAUGGUUGAUCCAGCAGAACAGUUUUAUUAUGUCUGGCUACAGGUCAUGAUCCUCCCCAUUGUCUACAACUGGGUGAUCAUCAUUUUGAGGACAUGCUUCACUACAAUUGCACUGAGCUACCUACCUGUGUGGCUUACACUGGACUAUCUGUCAGACCUCAUGUAUAUGGCUGACAUGAUCAUCACUGUUCACACAGGCUACUUGGAGCAGGGUAUUCUGAUCAAGGACCUAUCUCAGCUGAGGAAGCACUACCUGCACUCUAAGUAUUUCUUAAGGGACCUAGCCUCCUUGCUGCCCACUGACUUCUUCUACUUUGUCUUUGGCAUCCAAACGCCAAUGGUGAGGAUUAAUCGCCUUCUGCGUACGCCACGACUCAACGAGGCCCUGGAUCGCAUGGAGACGAGAACCUCCUACCCUAACACCUUCCGUAUCUCCAAGCUCAUGAUCUACAUCUUUGUGUUGAUCCACUGGAAUGCCUGUCUCUACUUUGCACUGUCCAAUUACAUCGGCUUUGGAAGCGAUCGUUGGGUAUACCCCAACAUCACUGACCCAGAGUUUGCCUCCAUGCGGCGUCAAUACUUUUACUGCUUCUGGUUCUCUGCCCAGAUUUUCACCACAGUGGGAGACACUCCUCUACCAAAGCGAGAAGAGGAGUACUUGUUUAUGAUUACAGACCUGCUUAUUGCUGUGCUGGUAUUUGCCUCAAUUGUUGGCAAUGUUGGCAAUGUCAUCACCAGUCUAAGGGACCGCGAUAAUGUCUUCUUCCCUAACCAUGAGCUGGUGAAGGGUUACCUGCGUAGCCAUCACAUUAGCAAGGAGCUUCGACAGCGCAUUGACAGCUGGUACCAGCAUCUUCACAUCAACAAGAAGAUCAUGCGAGAGAAUGAAAUCCUGCAGCAGCUGCCUGUACAUCUGAGGACAGUGAUUGCUGUCAGCGUUCAUCUUCCCACACUCUCCAAAGUCACCAUCUUCCAGAGCUGCGAGAAAAGUCUGCUGGAGGAGCUGGUGCUUAAACUAACACCUCAGGUGUUCAGUCCAGGAGAGUAUGUUUGCAGGAAGGGAGAUGUGGGUCAUGAAAUGUACAUAAUCAAAGAGGGAAAACUUGCAGUCGUAGCAGAUGACGGGGUCACAGAGUUUGCUGUGCUGAGUGAGGGGAAUUUCUUUGGAGAAAUUAGUAUCCUCAAUAUAAAAGGUAACAGGUCAGGCAAUCGUCGCACUGCCAACAUCCGAAGCAUCGGCUACUCUGACCUGUUCAGCUUGUCCAAAGAAGACCUGACAGAUGUGCUGUCCGAGUUCCCUGCAGCCAAACGGCACCUGGAGGAGAAAGGCAGACAGAUCCUCACCAAGAUGGGCAUGUUGGAGGAGAGCGGGGAAGCAGAGGAGGGGGAGGCAGAGAAAAUCGAAACCAAGAUUACAAGGCUGGAGAGCAACUUGGAGAUCCUACAGACGAAACUAGCUCGACUUAUGGUGGAAUUAGAGUCAAGCAACCGCAAGAUGCAGGCCAGGGUGAAGCAGCUGGAGUGGGAGGUGGCAGCCCUGCACACCCAGCAGCCAGAGAAGGAAGAUGGGGAAGAAAGAGAACAGGGAAGAUGUGAAGGUGUAGGAGGGGAGGUUGUAUGGGAGCGAGAAGAGGCAGAAGGAGAAGAAGAGGAAAAUGUAGAGGCAAAGGUUAAAAAGCAAGGGCAGAGAGAGGAUAGUAAUGACAUCACCAAAGAGGGUGAUGGAGAGAGCACUAAAAGUACAAAGGAAGAUGUGGAAAAUAUGAUGGAGGGAAAUAAAUGUGGGGACCUGGGUAAUCAGGAAAAUAAAAAAGGGAAUAAUGGGGAGAAAAACAGAGAGAAAGGUGACGACAGACCUGGGAAAGGGGAUGGAGCUGAGGUUGUACAUGAAGAUAAAGAAGAAGAGAAAGAAUCUCAAGAGAAGAUAGAAAAGGCUAAAGAAGAUUCAGAAAAAAGAGGGAUGGGAAAAAAGAAGGAUGAAGGGCAGGAAGAUGAAUAAAAAGCAAAGUAACUGAAAGAGAGAAUGAAGUAAAA